AGUAAAGCAUCAAAAGGACCAAACGAAAUUACUUCGAUGUUGCAUUACUUUCUUGUUUCUGUAACAGAUGAUGCAAAAGAAAUUAAACUAUGGGCAGACAAUUGUGAUGACCAAAAUAAAAAUUUGUAUGAAUUUCAGUUGUUAAAAACUAAUGUUAAUCCAAUAAAUCUAUGUCCUCAAAAGCUUCCAUUAAAAGGCCUUUCAGAAGAAAAGCAA